CAGGUUUUUUUGGCAGCGCCAAAAAGCGACCGGGAGUGUUGGCGCAGCACGCAAGCGCUGUUGGCCACUGGACCCUGGCGGUGUGAAAUUUCACACCCAGAUGGAGAUUGUGUGAGGCUUCCCCAGAUCAUGGCUCAUUUGGAUGAAGCAGCCCGCCAGCUGUCCAAAAGUGGGACAACCCUCUAUGCCGUGCUGGAGCUUAAGAAAGGUGCCUCACCUGAAGACAUCAAAAAGGCUUACAGGAAACUGGCCUUAAAGUAUCAUCCAGACAAGAAUCCAGGGGAUGCUCAAGCAGCAGAAAUAUUCAAAGAGAUCAACACAGCCCACUCCAUACUGAGUGACCCUAAGAAGCGGAAAAUCUAUGACCGGCAUGGCUCGUUGGGAAUAUACAUAUAUGAUCACUUUGGUGAAGAAGGCGUUACAUACUAUUUUACGAUGAAUAGUUGCUGGUUCAAGACACUGGUCCUCCUGUGUGCCCUGCUCACCUGCUGCUGUUGCUGCUGCUGCUGCUGCUUUUGCUGUGGAACACUUAAGCCACCAUCUGAGGAGGUUGUCAGAAGAUACCAGCAGAAUGUCCAGAAUCAGCCUCCGAGGGCAGGAAACAAAAGAAACUUUAGAAGAGGUCAAAAUGAUAAUGCAGAUGAUUUCUAAGAGACGAAGAGAAGUGCUGACCCAGCGAGGGUGCCUUCUGCUGCCCAACACACUGGACAUGUUGAAGAGGGGAGCAAGUAGCUGUGUCCUGACAUUGACCCUGAUUUGCCCCUCUUCUUAUAAAAAUCCCAACUUCAGAAACCUUGAUGGCAUCUAUCCCAGUGAGGAUGCUCCCUCUGCCCUUGAUGGUAUCAUUGACCCCGGCAAUACAGGGUCACCCACCUCCUCUUCUUUUUAGUUUCAGUCCCAAUUUUAAUCUGUUUAGACAGAAGCCCUCCCAUCUCUACCCUUAUGAGGUCUCAGACCGUGGUGACAGACUUCUCCCGAGCAUUCUUUUUCCUGUGCCUUGAGAUUUGGGCCAAUUUCGACUAGUAAGGGCCCUGAGCCACUUGCAUUGUCUCCACCAAGAUCCUGAUAACUGAGCAGAGUAGAUCCUAUCCCAGAGCUGCUGUACCAGCUAACUUAACCCUCCUUUGCUGGAACACUGCACCAAGAACUUGGCCUCUUUCCUACACCAGCAUGCUUUUCUGGGCCUGGUCUCACCUUUCUCUGCUGCCCAAACAGUUGACAUUGUCAGCCUCAUUCUGUGCCACCAUGAGUAAACUCAGGCAAAGUAUGAAUGCAUUGGAGGGGUAGGGGUAGCUAUCUCACCUCUGGCUUCUCUCCAGACUGCACCCCAACAUGGCCUCCCCUUAGCAUGGGUCCUGGGCUGACUGAAGUUCAUCUCUCAGUGCCUGCUUGCCUCCAUCCUUUUCUCCACAUCUUAUGCAGGCUGAUCACCAUAUAGUUUCUUCUGAAAACAGGGGCGUGAAACAUAUGAUAGGGAAAAGAUAAUACUUCUACAGACCCUCUCCCCAUUCUCGAGCCUCUUCACGCUGCCCGUUUUAUCCUCUCCACACCGUUUACUUCCCAUCCAUCCAGGGGCAGAGCCAAGUAACUCCUCACAUUUCUCUCUCACCACUGGGGGAAGGGCUAAGGAAUGUCAAUAAAUAAAAGAGCUUUUGUCCA